AAGUUUUUUGAAGGUGUGGGGAAUAUGAGCACGCGGCAUGCAUAUGGAGAAAGAGAUUUAUUACUUUUAAUAUUUUUAUUAAAAAAUGGUUACAUAGUUACACUAUACUACGCAUGGCUCGAGCUUUUUUUGAAACCAAAAGAUACUACUUUCAGAGCAAAUGGACGCGACAACGUUUGUUUGGGGAUAAAAAGUAAACUCGAAAAGACUGAUGUACGCUACUACGUUUGACUCGAACCUAAAUGUAAUUCGGAGAUUUAUGAAAAAUUCGUUGAGACGUGCAGCACGAAAGUGAGCUCCACGGACAAGCGCAAGAUACCCAGGGACAUUUGCACUUCUUUACCAUGAUGGCGAACGAGACGCCACCUAACCGCGGGAGCAUGGCACCAAUGUUUUUUUUGUUUUUUGUUUUUUUGCUGGCGUUUGCGUUGCUGAGAAAUAGAAUCUCUUUUUCCAAGCCGUCUCUAUUAAGCCGUCUCUAUUAACGACACGAAAGCGUCUGCCAUUGAUAAGAAAUGAGACAUUUUAUUGACCUAAUUGACCCAUGAAGGUUCAACAAAAUGAAAGAUCUUUCUGACAGGUCUUCCAUGGAGCUCAGUAUCUGUCAGGAUAUGGAAAUGUUAUAAUCCUGGCCGAAGGAUAUCAAGAACUAAAACUCUUCCUUACGUACACUGUAGUUGUAUUUUCUCGCAUAUGUUGGUUAAAGACUUAAGUAAACAGUUGUUAGUUGGAGCAAGACAUCCUGAAGACAAAUAAAGAGUUAAAGGUUGGGCUCAUUUACUUCUUUAAAACUAUAGGAAGCCACUUUAAUUUUCGUGGGAGCAAAUUGCUAGGCAACAAGGAACGCACUUUUCGUCGCUCUACUGACGUAAUAGCUUAUAUAUUUUGAAGUACUGACCGGCGUACUGAGGAAUACGAGAGGAAUCAUUUCUGUUGCCCGUAUGAAACUUUGUUAAGAAAGGUAUUUCUUUCUCUGGUAUUCCUGGGGCUUAACUGAGAAGUAAGCUUCAUCCAUCUGAUUUUACAAAGAAUAGAAACACAGAGCAACGCGACAGAUCAAUCCAGUUUUCAGACCGCCUGUUACUCAUUAAACCAUGGAAAAGCAGUGUUAAGCAUCUGAAAAUGGAUAACGAGAUGUAUUUUACUGCGGCAGCGUCCAGUGAACUAAUCAUAUUGUUUCAACAAUGGAGGGCUACCUCUACCCAAGCUGUUACUGGUUCUUUUGUGGCCGUUCUAGCCCUGGCAGUGCUGUACGAAUGCAUGACAGGUCUUCACGUCCACUUACGAUCGCAUCUUUCUCACCAGGAAAGAGAAAAGACUUUGACAACGAAGAAGUCUGAUUUUGAGAACAUCAAGUAUAAGUCGAACGUUUCGAUCCAGUUUUCAAAGACGUGUCUGUUUGUGUCUGAGCUCUCUUUUGCGUAUUUCCUUAUGUUAGUUGCUAUGACGUACAACACGUGGCUCUUCGUGGCUGUUGUGAUUGGUCGAGGUCUAGGAUAUUACUUGGUGACGCCGCUCAUUGGUUCGCGCAUUGACAGUGAUGAAAUUGAUCACCAUGGCUACAGUGACCUUUGGCAAGAUUAUCCACAUCCUGUAGACAUUUAAUUACAGAACGUUUUUUUUUUGUUUUGUUUGGAGAGUUUUUUUAAAAUUUUAAUUCAUUGGUACUUACACUGUUUACAAUACAAUAUUAAUGUAGCUACUUACACUACUUACAAAAAAACUUAUUACUUACGUCACUUACGAUACUAACACUUACUCUAUACAAUACGCAUACUCACGCUACUAACAAUACUAAUACUUACACUGCUUACAAUACAACAUAAUUAGAUUUCUUGCGCUACUUACAAUUCUAGCACAGCAAGAUCAUCAUAUUUAAUUACAGAACUUGGAUCUGUAUUAUAUAUAUUUUCGACACAAACACUAAAUGAUUCACAACCUAGUCCUUAGGGUCUUCUUUACCAGUCAUUCGAGAGAUACUCCGAGAAAAAUUUGGUGGGGGUGUGCGGCCCGCUUCCCAAAACCCUUACCCUAUUUAUGACCAAAAUCUGCGAUUUUCAAUACCCUAUUUCUGACCUGACCCUAUCAAUACCCUGUUUCAGACCUGCCUUAUACUUAGUUCCCUUGUUCAGACUGACUUUAAGGUCAUCGUGAAGGGCUUUUGUUGAUCGGUCUUAUCGAUAAUGAUGAAAAAGUAGCUUCUUCUGAAAAACAUGUCCAA